AUGAAUAGUAGAAAGCCUGUUAAUAUCAUAUCUAUAUUCGGAGAAAGUCCUUUACAAAGUUUAACUGAAAUACAGCCGAUUUCAAUUGUGUGCAGAGAUCUCGACAUUACAUCUUUUCCUGAAAUAGAGCGUAAGAAAUAAGCAGAAAAAGAGUACAAAGCGUUUGGCUUUGAGCAGCAAAAAAAAUUUUCAAAAGCUGCUAAAGCUUGGUUAGCUACUUUACCACUAAAAAAAGCUGCUUUAAGAAGUCCAAAAUUGGUAAACCAUAUGCAGAUUUCUGAGCAGGCAAACAAAUUUUGUGAAAUUGUCAUCACAUGAUUUUUGCAUUGCAUGAACAAAGGGAAAAGCAUGAAGGCUUAUUUACUGCUAGGUAUUCUGCAAGAAUUGACAGAAAAAUCUUCGAAAAUAAAGUUCAAAAACAAAAAGCGAAUAAGAGUCAGAGUCUUUUUAUAGUAAGAGAAAAUCAGCACUGGAUACUAUUAUAUCAAGCAAAAAAAGCCAAGCGCAGCUUUGGAGUUCUUGCUGAGAGGCCUGGAUUUGUCUAGAAAUCUUGACGUAUAUGAAGAGCCUGUGCUUAUUUCAUCAUUAUCUGGAUAUGCUGCCUGUUUAACUGGCCAUCAUCAAAAAGCUCUGGAACUGAACAUAGAAGCUUUAGAAGUUUUAUCGAAAUACAGUGACCACCUCCAGCUUGCAAACCCUCAAGACGUCGAGAUUUAUAACUCUUAUCAAGCAAUUUCUCUUUACAAUCUUUCAGUCGAAGCGCUUCACACUUAUUUGAGAGCCGAUGCUAUGGAAUUUAUCUCCAAAGCUGUUUAUAUAGUCGACCAUUAUACAGUCAGCUCAGCUCUUAUUAGAAAUAAAAUAAUUUGGCUUUAUCAAGAACUUUUUGGGUCUCCUUAUGUCGAAAGCAUCCCUGAACCUAGUCGCAACCUUAGCCGCUUCCAAGGGACAGAUUUAAAUUUUAUGCCUGGAGUAAAAGAAGAGGAAGAACAAGGCAACAAAAUAGUAAAAGUCCGAUGCGAGUCCCCAAAAUCGUCACGAAGAACCCCUAGCAACUCAAAAAAGAAAUAA